AUGGCUCCUCCGCAGCGCUGUGACGUCCUGGUUGCCGGAAGUGGCAAUGCUGGCUUCUCAGCCGCCGUUGCUGCCAAACAAGCGGGAGCAAAGCAUGUCGUACUGAUUGAUAAGUGUCCAGAGGAAUGGGCAGGAGGCAACACAUAUUUCACAGCUGGCGCGUACCGGACAGUCCACGGAGGCAUUUCCGAUCUAUUGCCGCUGGUCAACAACGUUGACGAUGCGACGGCUAAGAGGAUCGACUUGGAGCCGUACACGAAUGACGACUUCUCCAAGGACAUGAAGCGAGUAUGCAGUGGCAGGUCAGACCCCCGACUAUCCAAGAUACUCAUUGAAGAAUCAAAUGCCACGGUCAAGUGGCUCAAAAGCAAUGGGAUUCAGUUCCAGUUAUCGUUCAACAGGCAGGCAUACGAAGUCGACGGACGGUUGAAAUUCUGGGGCGGUCUGCAUAUCAAGACAGAGGAUGGAGGGAAAGGGCUGAUUGAAGACCAUAAGGCCGCAGCAAAGAACCACGGCGUGGAGGUCAUCUACUCGGCAGCUCUGAAGCGUCUGAUACCAGAUUCUCAAACCGGCGCCGUGACUUCGGUCGAAGUGCAGUCGAAUGGCAGAGAAGCGGUAAUUGAGACGGGUGCCGUCAUUCUCGCAGCCGGAGGAUUCGAGAGCAAUCCUCGAAUGCGGUCGCAGUACCUGGGUCCGGGCUGGGAUCUGGCAAAAGUCCGCGGCACGCCUCACAACACGGGCGACGUGCUGGAGACAGCCAUUCGAGACCUCUCGGCGGCACAAGCGGGAAACUGGUCCGGUUGUCACUCUGUCGCAUGGGACGCAAAUGCACCAAGCGACACUGGCGACAGAGAAGCAUCCAACGAGUUUACAAAGUCCGGGUAUCCGCUGGGCUUGAUGUUCAACAUCCUGGGCCAGCGGUUCGUCGACGAAGGCAUCGAUCUCCGCAACUACACGUACGCCAAGUUCGGCAGAGCAAUUCUAGCUCAACCAGGCCAUGUGGCCUACCAGGUCUGGGACUCGCAGACCAGCUCGUGGCUGCGCUCGGAAGAGUACCGGCCUGAAAGAGUGGAGAGGAUCUCCGCCGACUCGAUCGAGGAGCUGGCAGAGAAAUUGACCGCGUAUGGCCUGGAAAAUAAGGAUGCCUUCGUCCGCAACAUCAAGGAAUACAACGACGCAGUCUACGCAUUUCAAAAGGAGAACCCCGAUAAGAAGUGGGAUCCUGCCGUGCGCGACGGCAUGUCCACGCAGUCCAGCACGACUCGAUUACCGCUCGGGAAAACGAACUGGGCAUUACCCCUGGACAAGGGCCCAUUCCUGGCAGUCGCUGUGACGUGCGGCAUCACUUUCACGUUCGGUGGGCUGAAGGUCAACCCGGAGACUGCCCAGGUGAUUAGCUCUGCCACUGGGAAAGAGGUACCGGGUGUAUAUGCUGUGGGCGAGAUGCUGGGCGGACUGUUCUACGAGAACUAUCCCGGCGGCAGUGGGUUGACUUCUGGGGCGGUCUUUGGACGACGAGCCGGAACCGCCGCUGCGAAGGCCGUUGCUGGUGCCACGCGGUGA